AUGCCGGGCUUGAUAUUCUUCGGCUUUCGGCUGGCGACCGAGUUCCUCUUCAAGAAACUGGAGAUAACCAACCAUCACAUGGAUCGAGAGGGCAUCGAUGCCGCGAUUCUGGAUGAGAUGAAGGUUAUUUUCAAGGAUGAGCUGCUCCUUGCCUUCACCACACAGGAGACGCAAGACUACAGCAGGAGCUUGGAGCAUGUCAAAUGGGCAGUGGCCGUGAGACUCUGGAACAAACUGGUUCCUGGUGCGCCCUCUGCUGCGCCCUGUAUCUACCAGGGCCAAGAGCCUUUGGAGAAAAUGUCGGCUUCCUAUGCUGGGCUGGGUCUCGACUGCUCCAUGAUAUUUCAGAUAGUUCAGCAGGACACGCUCGCCCAAGCUCUCGAUCUCAUCGAACCGGUCCAUUCUGGAGUCCAACUUCAUCAGCUUCCCGCGCGACAGGCCACACAGCCGCUUGAUCCCGUGAGCCCGAUCACGAUUCGUGAAUCCACUCCUCAGAUCUCGCCACCGGUGACCCCUGAGAGGCGCCAACCCCUCUCCGCUCGGCCAGUCGCAGCAGCAGUGCCCAGAACUCCGACUGCCGUCCGUCAACUGGCCAGCCCACCGUCCACAAUUCCCAGGCGCGCAAGACGCCGAGACGAACUUCGUCACAGGGGCAGACACCACGCCCGGCAUCGUGUGAUCAAAGCGGUUCACAGGCUUGAGCCAAAAAGCAGUUUGAGACUGCCGUUCAGCUGCAAGCUGGACCUCACCGGCCUCAAAGUCGACAGGUGCUUGCCUGAGGCUGGAUGUAAGUCCUGCCACACGAGCCUAUCCAAGUUUUCUCGCCAGAGUCGCAUCCAGGAGGUCUACAGCGCCCGACGAUAUGACGAUGAAGAGUCUGAGGACGAGUCCAGCACUUCUCUCCUGAAAGAAUGUCCAUGGAUCCAGUACUUUGGUGGCCAGAUCCCUUCAUAUCAAGGACACUCCGUCGGCGAGAUCCCCUGGCCUCUGAACGCUGCCGGACCUCGUCUUUACUGCAAAGAAGCGCUUUGGCAGGAGGUCAUCAAGACACUCGGCUUCGACUUCAUGGUGAAGCAAGACCCCAGCCACCCGCACACGGCUCCAACCUCCAUUUUGCUCGUCGAGACCAAAGAGGCCGGCUACACCCGAGCCGACAAGUGGUGCGCUAUGGCGUUCAUCCAACGCCUCGCUGCGGAGAUUAUCGAGCGCCCCGGCGCCGUCGCUCACUGGGAUGUUGCCGAGGACGUGCUGUAUGACAGACUGUUCAUGAGCUGGGAGACUAUCAAGGAGGAGGUGGUUGGAACCAUCCAGGCUUACAACGGUGAUCGUGCCGAAGGAUCCAUGGUGGAGUCUGAUUCUGACUGA